AUGGUCACCUGGACCGGCCUACUCUUCGUCCUCUGUGGCGCCCUGACCCCUGCCCUCUGCUGUGAUUGGCUCACACACUACAAGCAACCGAGCAAAGAAGCCCGGGACCUCCUCACUCUCAUGGGCGAUCAGCUGACUGAACAGCACUCUUCAGUUCAUCCGGUUCGAUUCCCAAAACAUCUCUACAAGCAAAUAAAAAACUCUGAGGUGGAGUCAAAGCUGGUUUUCAUCAGAGACAGUCUGCAGCUUAUUUUCUGUCUGUAUCGCCAUGACAACCUGUCAGCCGCUCCCUGGGGCGCCGACAAGACGGAGGGCUUCCUGACGGUCAUCCACAGACAGAUCAUGGAGCUGAGCGCGUGUGUGAGUGGACACGCCCACUUCACUGCUUUCAGCCUACUCACAGGAGCAAACAUGCACCCACACCCACUCUCCUUCACCUCCUCCCAGAGCCUCCUCUUCAUCAGUGCUUCACCUCCUUUCACCUCCUCCCAGAGCCUCCUCUUCAUCAGUGCUUCACCUCCUUUCACCUCCUCCCAGAGCCUCCUCUUCAUCAGUGCUUCACCUCCUCCCAGAGCCUCCUCUUCAUCAGUUUCCACCAACAGUCCAGCCAACAGCAGACUGAGGAGCUACUACAGGACUCUGGCCAACAGUACUCUGUCUUGCUCUGGCUGCGGUACUGCGUCAUGGCAGCUGCUCAGGAAGGAAACCAAACUGCGCCUGGAACAGCUGGAGCUGCUCGUGGCCUCCAUCAGAGUUCCUGCUGCUGCCAGCAGGAGGCGCUCUGCAGCAACGCAACAGCAACGCAACACUGACACAAUAUCCAAAGAGUGUUUCUGA